AUGAUAGUCAACUCUACAGAAAAGCCUAACCUCCCGGAUGACUUACAAUUAAUCACAGAAUAUAGUAUACUAAUCUCUAUCACAUCUACCAAAACCCUAACUGAGGUAGCUAGGUUGCUAAGAGAAACAUAUUAUUUCUACUGUAUCUCAGACUCAUGGAUAAAAAUUCACGCUAAUCCAACAGAAGUCAACGAGCCUACAAAUAAUUUGAUAGAAAAACCUAUAAUACUAGAUGAAAUAGACAAAAUCCUUACCUAUCUAAAGAAUAACAACAUCGACACAACCCAGCUAAUUCUCCUUAUCACAACUCAGAAAUCUGUUUCAGAAACUCUCAGCAUUCUACAUCAGUAUUUUACAAUCAAAACCAUACCCAGCAACAUCUUAGAUCUUCCACCUCUCCCAGAGCCCACCUGGGGAAUAUUCUCUCAACAACAAUGA